CCACAAAGCAGCCUCUUUCAUUUUCAACAGCAUUUUACCAGCAAACAGAAAGUAAGGCUUCGGCUUUCUGCCUGUAACAUUUCAACUGUCAUUUCAUGACUUUUGUAAGAAGAGAACAGUUUCAGCAGUCAUGAGGAGGUUAAGCUUUGUGCUGCUUGCAUGCUGCUUCCAGGCAAUGUGGCAUCUCUGCGUCACACUGCAACAAGCAUCCCUGCGUUUUGCUGCUGUCGGGGACUGGGGAGGUAUUCCAUUACCUCCCUAUUACACAUUCCAGCAGCAGGCCGUGGCUGCAGAGGCCGCUAUGCUUGCCCAAACCACAGGACUGGACUUCAUCCUCAGCCUGGGCGACCACUUCUAUUACAGCGGGGUGAAAGAUGUGGACGACCACCGCUUCAAGCAUACAUUUGAGGAUGUCUUCUCUCAGCCCUCACUGCUAAACAUCCCAUGGUAUCUGGUGGCAGGAAACCAUGACCAUCUGAGGAACAUCUCAGCUCAAAUGGCGUACUCUAACAGAUCCCGCAGAUGGAACUACCCAGCUCUCUACUAUGACCUUCUGUUCACUGUUCCACACACAAACAUGUCGGUGACCAUCCUAAUGAUUGACACAGUAGUGUUGUGUGGAAACACUUAUAAUGAAGCCCAGCCUAAAGGAGCAGAGGAUCCAAAAGUAGCAGAAGAACAGUGGAACUGGAUUGUCUCUAAACUGGUGAACAGCAAGUCAGAGUAUGUUCUGGUGGCCGGUCAUUAUCCCGUCUGGUCCAUCGGCCAUCACGGGCCAACACACUGUCUGAUGGACAGACUGAGGCCGCUGCUGAAGCAACACGGCGUCGCAGCGUACCUGUGUGGCCACGAUCACGACCUGCAGUUCAUCCGGGAGAAUGAUGGGAGUUCCUACGUCAUCAGCGGCAGCGGAGUUGUCAACGACCCCUCUGUCCAUCACAGGGACGCUGUCCCCCUGUCCUGGCAGCUCUACUCCAGCCCCGUCAACCAUACGACCGGAGGGCUGGCUUAUUUCGAGGUGACGGCCCAGCACAUGACCGUCAACUUCAUCCAGACAGACGGCAAGUGUGUGUACCAUGCACAACUGGAGAGACGCAGAUAGUGCUUGAAA